AUGGGAUCUAUCAUGAACGACCGACCGAUCCCUGAGCUCACAGCUUUGGAGCGUAUCGGGCCAAAGGGCUAUCUUCGUUAUGUCUUCCCGUUUCAGCUCCAAGAGGGGUAUGACUUGAAUGAAGUUGUUCGUGUUCUUCAAGCCGGAUACCAAGCUCUCACACAAAGAAUCCCAGAGGUCGGAUGCGAGGCCGUUCCCGACGGCAAUUCAAAACAAAAGGGCGUUAUGAAACUCCAGGGACAGACGGAUGGCGACGCAGCGCGCAUCGUGGUCAAGGACCUACGUCAGUCCUUCGAAUCCGAUUAUGCGGAGUUGAAAGAUAAAUCCUUCCCCGUGGCCUCCUUUGACGCCGAUACGUUCUGUUCCCGUUCUGUUUGGCCUUCAGCUGGAGAACGACUGCCAAUUUCAGCUGUACAGGCCAAUUUCAUCCGCGGAGGGCUCAUCCUGACGUGGUGCAUUUUCCACAUGGUGGGGGAUGGUACAACAUUCUAUACUUGGACAAACAUCUGGGCGGAGGGGUGUCGUCGGGCACAGGGACUAGAGAUCCUAGAUCCCAUCGAGCUUACCGACGCCAUUUGGACAGACCGCGCGCAAGUAACAAAGCCCUCCGGCCGCAAUGCUGGAAAGAUAGAAGACCAUCCAGAGUAUACCCUUCUUCCUUUCACACCCCCGGGAGCCCCGCCAAAGAUGACUUCACUCAGCCAUCGAGGUCAGGUUUUCUAUUUUUCUCCGGAAUCCUUAGCAGCGCUGAAGGAGGAAGCGUCUCCAGCGAAUGCGACCGAGCCGUCUGAUCAAAAAUGGAUCUCGACCAAUGAUGCUCUUGCGGCGUUGCUCUGGCGUACAGUUAUGGCAGUACAAUCGCCCCUGGAGACUCUCGAGGGUGACCCUGUAUCUGUAUACAAUAUCGCUAUUGAUGGGCGGCAACGGACAGAUUUCAAGUUGCAUCCUGAGACUAUGGGGUGUUUCCUGGAGUAUGUUGCAGUCUCUGUACCCAUCCGGAAAAUGCUUAGCACGCUCAAUUUGGCCGAUCUGGCGACGGAGAUUCGGAAGGCGCUUCUGCGGGCCGAUGGGCAGUUCACGGAUGACGUGGUAUCUCUUGUAGAUCAGCUUGAGGACGUCGAUCGGCUGGUACCUACCGCUUUCCUGGAUGUUCCCGGCUUCAACUGCGUGUUAACCUCAUGGGUGAACUUCAAACUGUACGGGUUGGAGUGGGGACCACUGCUGGGCAACAAUAUCGAGUCUGUACGUGUGCCCCAUCUUGGUUGCAUCAACGGUUGUCAAGUUGUGCUCCCAGUGUUGCCGAAUGGUGGCAUGGAGAUUCUGGUCGGUGUUGAAGAGAGUUCCUUAAACCGACUACUGAAGGAUCCGUUGUUCGCGAAAUAUGCUGUCGCUCGCUAG